AUGGCCCAAGCUAAAGUGCCCAAGCCUCAAUCUCCACGCAGGACAUUAAAAGACCCAGAUCAUGGCAAACGCAACCGUGCUAUCGUCACAUCAAGGAAGUCACCAUCGCCGCAGUCGCCAUCGUUGUUGCUCCUAGGAAGCGUGCAGCCCAAGAACUGCAACAACCAGCGACGUCUUACAAACAAGGAGAUUCUUCAACAUCUCUUAGAAGAGGGGAUUCCUCAGGAGCCGAUACGCUAUACUGUACCGCCCAAAAGUCCCAAGCCCAAAUCUCAACGUUUAAUUCAAAUCCGUCUGCGCCAAACAGCCAUACCCGAGCCCUACCCCGACCCUUACCGCCCAUUCGAAUUCCCCGAAAUUAUGCGCUACGUCGCCAGUCAGCCAUGGACACUCUACCUCGGCCGCAACGCGCAGAGAAAAUACGAGCCAGACUUCAUCGACCUCCAAACCCCAGGCGUGAGCGAGGUGCAUUGUAAAAUCUGGUUGGAAGACGGGAGUUGGUUUGUUGAAGAUGUGCAGAGAGCUUCGUGCACGUGGCUGAAUGGUACGUGGUUGACAAAAAAGGAGAACGAAGCUCAUCCAUUAAAACAUGGGGAUCAUUUGGAGUUGGGGUACUAUUCGCGUUGGAAAGGGAGCAGAGUGAAGAUGCAGUUUUUGAUGGGCUGGAUGAAUGGUGCGGAUUUGGCAUAG